AUGGUCGAGGAUCCAGUGUGGGAAAGUUCGAUGGUAGAUACAAUUAAUCCGAAUGUUUUUCGUCGACUUUUAAUGAACCUGACGGUCCUAUUACUUGGAAUCAAAAUAUUCAGAGGAUUAUUCACUGAGAUUAAUGCUCAUUGUAUGAGUUCCAAGAAUAAAAAUCUCACUUCACACGAUGACGUGAAAGAUAAUGCCGAAUUGAUUUACCAAAAAUUGUCUCGUAUGGAAAUGCCUCCGGGAGAACCUUGGUCUGAAUAUCAGAUUGGACUGUUUAAAGGGAAAAAGGAUAAGGAUGGAAUUUUUGAACAAUUUAGAUUGGGACCUACUCCGUCAGCAACUGAUUACGGUAAAAAAAUCAGGGAUGCUCUGUAUAAAAUAGGAGAGGUACAAAAAGCCUUUAAUAGAUGA